GACUUGCUCCUAAUGUGGGACCAAAAGCGAGGAAAAUUUCCUUUUCCUUUCCCCCUUUCACCACUUCUUUUGCUGGUUUUGAAGCUGAAUCAAAUCCUACCACCUCCUUAAUUCUAAAUCAAAGAGCUAAAAAAAAAAAAAAAAAAAAAAAGAAGGAAAAGGAGAGGAGAGAAUCAAUUCCUCUGUAAUCCUCCACAGAGCUCCCCUAAUCUUAUGUUCUGUAAUGAUCUCUGCUUAUUGCUUAUAGAGGAGGUGGGGGGGAAAAAAAGGAAAAUUUGCUGGGUUUUGAGCUCCUCCUCUGGAAAAGUAACAUAGGGAGAUGAAUUUAGGGCUUUCCAAAAUCAGACCUUUGGAUUAGUUUCUCACGAAGAUUUCGCCUUUUGGCUCAAAGCUGAGACUUUUCUUCUUCAUCUCUUAACAACUAUUCUCAAAAAGAGUAGGAUAACAAGGAGUUGUGUGUGUUUGGGAUGAGGAGAAGUGCUUUUUACAUCGACACCUUAGGAUUAGCUUCUCACAAAGAUAUGAACUUUUAGUUCACCCUUGACAGCAAAAUCCUCACAAAGAGUAGGUCACAAAGGAUUGAGAUUUGGGAUCAGGAAAAGGGUUUCCCAAAUCCACACUUUUGGAUUAGUUUCUGACAAAGAUUUGGACUUUUUGUUCAAAGGUGAGAUUUUUCCCCUUCCCUUAGAAACAGUCCUCAAAAGGAGUAGAUAACAAAGGAUUGCAUUUUUGUUGGAUUUGGGUCCUUCUAUUUGUUCUCCGGAUUUGUUAGAUCCAAAAACAUGCGACGUGUUCGAGUCUCGUCCCACCAGUCCCCGGUCCUCAAGCUUGGGGAUUCUCAAAUGAAGCUCACUCCCAAAUUCCGAUUCGCCACGGCCACCCCUUCCUAUCCCUCAUCUGCAUCUUCUUCUUACGAACCGGACUCGUCUCUCGAUUUGACCCCCCUCAUCCCGGGCCUCCCUGAUGAUGUCGCACUGAAUUGUCUACUCCGCCUCCCCGUCGACACGCACAAGGCCUGCCGCCUUGUUUGCCGACGGUGGCAUCGCCUCUUGGCCAACAAAGAACGGUUCUUCGCUCAGCGUAAAGCCCUCGGCUUCCGCGACCCGUGGCUCUUCACUUUAGCCUUCCAUAGAUGCACCGGGAAAAUCCAAUGGCAGGUGCUCGAUCUUAUUCACUUCUCCUGGCACACUAUUCCGGCCAUGCCGUGCCGCGAACGUGCGUGCCCUCGCGGCUUUGGAUGUAUCGCAGUUCCUCCGGACGGCACCUUGCUGGUUUGCGGCGGGCUCGUCUCGGACAUGGACUGCCCUCUACAUUUGGUCCUGAAGUAUGAGAUCUAUAAAAACCGGUGGACCGUCAUGAGCCGGAUGCUAGCCGCCCGGUCCUUCUUUGCCCGCGGUGUCAUUGACGGCCGAGUGUAUGUCGCCGGUGGGUACAGCACCGACCAGUUUGAGCUCGACUCGGCAGAGGUUCUCGACCCAGUUAAGGGUAAUUGGCAACCGAUCGCAAACAUGGGCACCAUCAUGGCCUCAUCUGACUCGGCUGUACUUAAUGGACGAUUAUAUGUAACCGAAGGCUGCGUCUGGCCCUUCUUGUCUUCACCGAGAGGGCAAGUCUACGAUCCAAAAACUAACUGUUGGGAGGGUAUGCCGAUAGGAAUGCGUGAAGGGUGGACGGGGUCGAGUGCCGUGGUCGAUGGGCAUUUGUUUGUGAUAUCCGAGUAUGAGCGGAUGCGUGUGAAGGUGUAUGAUUUCGAAUCCGAUUCAUGGGAGACCGUCGCGGGGUCGCCGAUGUCCGAGAGGAUCCGAAAGCCAUUCUCGGUGAGCUGUGUUGGGUCUCGGAUCUUUGUAGUCGGGCGGGGACUGCACGUCGUGGUCGGGCAUGUAGAGACGUCGGAUUGCAGCUCUAAGAAGAAGAAGAGCUUUUCGAUUCGGUGGCAAGAAGUUGACGUGCCGAAGGACUUUGCGGAUCUGACUCCAUCCAGUACGCAGGUUCUGUAUGCGUGAUCUCUCGGUUCUUGCCGCGCCGUAUCAGUAGGCUUUCGGAAAGUGUUAAGCAAGAUAUAUGUAGUAAGUUUGGUUGAUGGUAGUUCUAAUUACCAGCAUUGUAGGUUUUGCUCUUAUUCUGUUCUGACUACGAGGCUGAUAUUUUCGAUGUUGUGUUAAGCUUGAACUAAUGUAAAAUUUUAACAGUUGUCUUCGACAAGUCGAAUGAACUAUAUAGAAGCAAAUGUAGCGAGUUUUCUUUAUGCGGUAAAGUUUUCUUUAUGCAGUACAGCGUGAUUGUUUUGUGCUCAA